AUGACACUGACGACGCUGCUUUUUUACGGCACCGCUCUGGGGCUCCUCGUUGUCGGCCUGAGAGAGUUGCUCGCAGGCUUUGAGGAAAACCGAUGCCGUAUGACCUACAUGUUCGAGUACCCCGAGUAUCGGCGUGUGCCGUUGCCUCGCCGCGUGUCCAGAAUGUACCCGGCAUACGGGCUCUAUCUGUAUGGCGAGGGUCUGUACGCCCAGGAGACACGUGACCUUCAACUCUAUGGUGCCCCUGUUCUCUUCUUGCCUGGAAAUGCAGGAAGUUACAAACAAGUUCGUUCUCUCGGCUCGGUGGCCUUGAGGAAGGCAGAACGUGCAGAAGGUGGUCUACAUUUUAAUGUUUUCACCUUGGACUUCAAUGAAGAACUGGUGGCCCUGUAUGGCGGCAGUUUACGGCGGCAGACGCAGUUCCUAUACGAGAGCGUCAAGGCCAUUCUGGAACUUUACAAGCACUUGAAGACACCUCCCAAGACCGUGGUACUUGUCGGCCACUCCAUGGGCGGCGUGGUGGCUCGAGCACUGUUGAUGUUGCCCCGAGUCAAAUCCAAUCUGGUUCGUUUUAUCAUCACCUACGCAUCCCCUCACGUAGCACCAGUGCUGGUCCUGGACCCCUAUCUGCAGGAUUUCUAUUCAUCACUGAAGAUAAAAUGGACAAAGCAGGCAGACGAGUUGAGAAACGUGACGGUGUUAUCAAUUGGCGGUGGAUACCGUGAUUUUCAAGUACGCUCAGGACUCACCUCCUUACCUUGUCCUCCAGGCGACACAAGUAAAUUGUCCAUGGUGGCUACUGCAGUUCCGAGGACCUGGGUUUCCACUGACCACUUAUCCAUAGUGUGGUGCAAUGAGCUCAUUCUGGCUACUGUCAGGUCUUUCUUUGACCUCGUCGAUCCUGAAACCAGACAGUUCACUGACAACACAUCUAAGACAGUUGCUGUACUCAACCACCACUUCGUUCAGCACCCUGGCCGAACAUUUGGAGACACUGAGGAAACCUCUAUCUCCAUGCUAGAUGCCCCAGAAGCUUGGAGUGAAGUGAAUACAUUGCGUCUGGCAUAUAGCACACCAAAGGAAGCAGAGGUCAAAUAUUUUAUGUUUGCCCUUUCAAGUCGCAGGAAGGCCUACAGUCAUAUCUACUGUCGGAGCAACAACCCGGAUAUGAUCAGCUGGGUGUAUGGCUGUGUGCGCCAGAGUGGUUCUUCCUGUGAGCAUGCAGUGGAUUUGUCAAAGGGGACUGAGCUUCUGCCUCCAUAUAAGGUCUUGAUGCUUAGCCUCAGUGACUUGUCUUCGUACACUCAUCUGGUGGUGUCAGCCUCCAACCUCAAUGGCAAACAGUUUAUGGUGGAGUGUGAGUGGCAAAGGCAACAAUCUCUUACUCAGUCGAUUGCUGUUCCACAUGUUCUCUCUUUAGGUUUGACAGUCAGUGAAGUUACUGUGAACUACACUGGACUUCUUCACACAAUUGAGCUGAAAGACUUUCAUGAGGUCUACCAGGCUUUCCGAAUUAACAUUGCAAGUCAGUGUAAUGGACUGCUUAGUGUCUACAGAAUGAAGGUACCAUGGUUCAUGGAGGACUUUUUAACAACAGCCAGUGUGCCUUCAGUGACGGAAAUAUCUGGGAUGCUGCACACUAAUCGUCCAAACAACAUGGUGCAGUCACAUGUCCUCCUUUAUCUCCACACUGCACCCAACUGCCAAUAUAAAGUUACCGUCAGGACGUCAUUAACAAAGGUGUUGGGACAGGUCGUGCGUUUCUUUCUCCCAAUGAUUCCAGUGUACACGACUGUGACCCUCCUGCUGGCCUUCGGUGCUCAACUGUCCACCAUCCGAAAGUCACAGGGAGCUGCACCAAUGAGCCUCGUGCUCUGCAAAGGCCUCCAACCACACAAAAUUACCCUGUGUAUUUCUAUCCUACACAUUCUAUUUAGCCUUCCACUGGACAUUGCCCCUCCCAUUUUCCCUGAUGCAGCGGUUCUUGACACGUCUCUGGACUGGCCGUACUUCCUGCAUCCGCUCCUUUACAUCUUGGGUGCUGCUGUGGCAUUCUGGAGCAGCGCACUGCUACGACUCGUCACGCGGCUGUUUUCGUUUAUGUUAGCCCUGCUUUACAGACCGUCCAUCUCAAGAGACUGCGGCACUCUGCGCCCUUGGAUGCAGAUCACCAUUACGUUCUUUCUGAUGUUCAUGGGCCUUAAAACCUGUGGAGCUCUGGCCAUCAUGGCUGCCUUUGCUUUUCACCUGUACAGGGUACUGAGGCUACAGAUGACCGAGCGAUCCAUGCGUCACAUCCUCAAUCUGGCACCUCAUAAACACAAAGAAAAUUUCAUAAUGGAGACCAACGUAAGCAAUGACGAGACAUUGCUGUCAGAGAGAGUGCUACGGGAGGCCAAAGAUGACCUGCAGCUCCACCUGUGUCUGUCGGCGCUCUUUACUGUACCUGUGUUGCUCAGUGGACCCUCGCUCAUCUACUGGGGCCGCAACCUGAGGCACUAUACUCAGCUCGAUCCUGAUCCUUGUAGGCUGUACUUGUUACCGUUGAUCAUUGCAUACGUGCUGCUUAUAAACUGCGACACUCGGACGCUAGCCAAAAGUAAACUGCUGCAACUGACAUCAAUGCUACCAUUGCCCAUUUCUGCCGCUAUGGUGUUCUUGACUCCGCUCCACCUCUACAGACUGACGUACUUCUUGUUGGGGGUCCUUAUUCCUCUGGUGUUAUGUUGCCUUCUAUGA